AUGGAGGGUCGUCAACCACCUACGCUGGGUGUUUCGAUCACCUUUUUCUGCAUCGCCUCUAUCUUCGUCGCCCUGCGCUUCAUUUCGCGGAUAUUUGUGGUCAGAAAGAUUGGGUUACACGACUGGUUGAUGUUGAUCGCAUGGAUAAUCGAUUUCGGCUUUUCAUUCUCGCUAUUCUAUGCUGUUCAGAAUGGUCUUGGCCUACAUUCGAACGAGAUCAAGCCUGAAGAUGAACUCGCUUUUAAUAAGGCCAAUUAUGCAUUCACGGUCCUUUAUAAUCCAGCGUUAAUGGCCGUCAAGACCUCGAUACUUGUCUUCUACCUGACCAUGACGCGCAAUCAGAAGGUUUUCCGAUGGGCAAACUAUGUCACUCUGUUUGUGGUGAACGCAGCGGGCUUCGCAUUAACCUUGGUCAAUGUUUUCCAAUGCCGUCCUAUCGGCGCAGUAUUCCUUUCCCCCAUCCCGGCCCAUGCGAAUUGCACCGACAUUGUCACCCUAUACCUCUCGUCGUCCCCGGUGAAUAUUAUUACGGAUAUUGCUAUCCUAUUGCUUCCGAUGCCGCUUUUGACAACAAUGCGCCUGCCUUUCAAGCAAAAGAUCAUUUUGGUGAUCACUUUCUCCUUUGGUUUCUUCGUGGCCGUGGUCGAUGUGGUUCGAAUUGCCUUUCUUCAAAAGGCUGCCAUUUCUCGUUCGCUGGAAGUCAAGUCAAUUCAUAUUCAAAACAUCGGAGGGGUAGAUUUUAGUUGGUACGCGUCGCUAUCUUUCAUGUGGUCUGUCGUCGAAGUCAACCUCUCGAUAAUCUGCGGUUGUGUUCCAAGUCUCAAGCCUCUCGUCACUCGUCUUGUUCCGAAAUUGAUUAGGGACACGAAUGAUAAUACAUCAACUUCUUCGCCUCAUGGACUCUCUGCAGGCGUAGCAGGGGAAAGUCAGGUUGCAGUACCACCUCCGGCUGCAGUCUUGGACUCGCCAGAAUCUUCCUCGCCAUUUCCAUUGCCAUCGAGCAACGAAGGAGAUAAAGUUCUACCGAACCAAGUUGGUGGUGUCUCUGCUGGUCGACCUAGCUCCCGGGACUCGGAGCCUAUGGGUAUAUUGGAUUUCCUAGGUCACCCAGAAACAGCCGUCGAUACAGAGGGAGGAACCCAUACUAGUGCAUCUUAUGCACCGGAUAUCACGUUCUUCGACUUUGUUAACAUGAAAAAUCCGGAAAGUAUGCUAAAGCUAAACAACAGAGAGUCGAUUGCGCCAAUUGCAUUGACCACGCUACUGUUCUUCCUUUGGGGUUUCGCAUACGGCUUGCUUGAUAUUCUGAAUUCUCAAUUCAAAACUAUCGUCCACUUAGGUCCAUGGCAUUCCUUGGGUCUCCAUGGCGCGUACUUCGGCGGAUACUUGGUCGGCCCUCUUCUGGUUGGCCGACCUGUCUUGAAAAUAUGGGGCUUCAAGUCCACGUUCAUAACUGGACUUUGCAUCUAUGCCUGUGGGACCCUCAUAUUUUGGCCUUCUGCUGUUCUAACGUCGACGCCUGCGUUCAUUUUGUCAAAUUUCAUUGUCGGGUUUGGUCUAGCAGUUUUGGAAACUGCGGCAAAUCCGUUCAUUGCGCUAUGCGGACCACUCGAGAAUUCGGAGAUCAGACUCAAUAUUUCACAAGGUGUGCAAGCUGUUGGGAGUGUCUUAUCGCCGCUCCUGGCGAAACGGGUUCUCUUCAAGGAUGUUCAGGAUGUGGCAUCUUUGGUUGACGUACAAUGGGCAUAUCUUGGCAUUGCUCUAUUCGAUGUGCUGUUGGCAGUCGCGUUCUAUUACCUACCAAUCCCCGAAGCGUCAGAUGAAGAUUUGGAAGAACUAGCAAAUCGACGGCGAGAAGACAACAUGACCAGAGUAGUCGGUAUUCCGGUCGUUUGGCUGACUCUUGGCCUGGGGAUCUGGUCUCAAUUCUUCUACGUGGCUGGACAAGAAGUCUUCGCCACAUCUCUCCGACGUUUCGUUGUUGACGCUCGUCCAGAUUCAUCACUCGGACCGUUCGAUUUCCUAACUAUCGGACACAGCGUUUUUGCCGUGGGUCGCUUCUUGGCCGCAUUUGCGCAAUGGUUCCUCAAACCACGCUGGAUUCUGAUGGUCAGCUACAUCGGCAUGAUCGUCUGCUCCAUUCUUUGCAUGAAAACAAGCGGCUCCGCAGCAAUCGUCGUGGCAAUGCUGCUCUUCCUUUUCGAGAGCGGCGCAUUCAGCAUUAUCUUCGCCAUCUCCCUCCGCGGCACAGCGCAGCAUACAAAGACAGCCGCCGUCUUCCUGACAAUGGCAAUCAGCGGCGGCACCUUUUUCCCGUUUGCCGAGUACGCGGCAUACCUUGCACAUGGCGGGUCAUAUUCUUUCUCCGUUAUAGUCGCGCUCUUCUCCGCCGGUGCCAUCUUCCCUAUAUACCUUAACCUCGUACCAGCGGUGAAAAAGCAAGUUGAUCCUGUUCCGAACGAGUAUCUCCGCCGACGUCGCCGCCGAAGUCGUGCUCCAGUCGACACCAUGCAUCGCGAAAAGGAUAAUCCUUCUCUUGGUGGUGUUCUUUCGCGUCCGCGCAGUCUGGCAUCGAAUCCAGACCACCUACCGGAUCUUCUGCUUCCGGAGGAGAUUCACCAAAACUCGCUUGCUGGUGAUAUCCCAAGGGCUAAAUCUAGUUCUAGCUCUAGCUCGCGUGUCAAUUCCUCCCGCAAUUCUGGCUCGAAGCAAAGGUUGUCCACCUGA